AUGCCAGAACGAAAUUGUAUGGCCAUUACUAGUAUUCUUAAUUGUGACGAUUAUCAUUCUCCCACCACAUCUACGGCCACUCCUCCCGCUACCCCUCCCACUACUUUCUCUAGCGACAGGCCAUACGCAUGCAGCUGGGCAAAGUGUGGGAAAGCAUUCUCACGACGAAGUGAUUUGGAAAGACACUUUCGUACACACACGGGAGAGCGGCCGUAUAGUUGUAGUUGGCCUGAUUGCGGAAAACGGUUUAUUCAACGCUCGGCUCUUACAAUACAUAUUCGAACACACACCGGAGAACGUCCCCACCUGUGCGAACAUUUUGGUUGCAAUAAGAGCUUUGGUGAUGUCUCGGCACUAGGUCGUCAUAGAAGGAUUCACACUGGGAGAAAACCUUACGUGUGUUCUCAUGCUGGAUGCAGUAAGAAGUUCACUCGCCGUACCACCCUAAUCCGUCAUGCUUGUUCACAUGGUACACAUUGGCACACAAGCUCACCAGUGCCAGGAGGGCCUUCUGUUGCGCCUGUAUACUACACCGCUUCUCCAAGUCUAUCGACCACACCGGGUUGUUUUCAACGUAUCAGCUACUUCACGUCAGGCCAGCCGAUAGCUUAUCGCGAGCAUAGUCGCUUGUUCCAGGAUUAUCUGCGUUUGCGCUACAUGCCAGACUAUAACAUAUGA